UCCGGUUGGGCCGGCGCUUCCGGUCUCGCGCCUGCACGCGGACGGUCGCGCGCCCGCCGCCGCCUCACCAUGAAGCCGAGAAAAAAUACCAAGCGGGCUCCAAGCUUUCGGAAGCUGCUGAAGACCAGUAAGGUUAAACUUGACAACAAGUUGAAAAACAAACAAUAUAAACAGCAGAGCACCGCCAAGAGGUACCGCAAAGAGCAGAGGAAACUGAGACAAGCCGUCAAAGAUGCCAUCUCCAAGAAUCCCGUACCCGAAGAAAGCUUAAAGAAAAAGCAGUCAGCACGGACAAUCGAGAAUGAAGAAGAUAAUGAAGCUCUUCCGUUGGAUAUGUUGGAUGAAGAUGACAUGCAGCUGUUGGACGAUUUGGCUCAGAGAACGUCCUUUCUGACGAGAGAUCUUUCUUCACCCGAGCCUGUUCGUUCCAAGAAGCGGAAGAAUGAGAAUGUCAUCGACAAAUAUGAGAAAAUGCCAAGACGCCUGGCAGCUGAGCCAGAAAAAGAUCUGAUCCACUUGCUUCCUAUUAAAGACAAGAAUAGAAUUAUUCCACAGACCAGGGAGAGACCAGCAGUUAUCGUUGAAGAAGAUGUUGAGCAGCAAGAAGUCCAGAUUGAAGAAGCGGUUACUGCCGAUCUCAGACCUAUGCUGACCACAGAAGAAUUGUUGACUGAGAGACGUGAGAAGCUGCGAGAGAAGAAAGUUCACAUUGCAGCCCUGGCAUCUGCCAUCCUAUCGGAUCCAGAAAACAACAUUAAAAAAUUGAAGGAGUUGCGGGCCUUGUUGACUGAACAGGAUCCAAGCAUAGCCGUGAUUGUGCGGAAGUUGGUGAUGCUCUCUCUGAUGGAGAUAUUUAAAGACAUUACUCCUUCGUACAAAAUUCGAGCUCUCACUGAAGCAGAACGAUCAGCCAAGGUCCGGAAAGAAACGCAGAGACUAAGGGAAUUUGAAGAAGGCCUAGUUAGCCAGUACAAGUUCGAUUUAGAAAAUUUGGAGCAAAUAAUUAAAGACUGGAAACAGAGGAAGUUGAAGAAAAGUAACGUGAUCUCCUUCAAGGCAUACAAGGGUUUGGCCGAAGUUGCAAUCCAGAGUUUGUGUGAGCUCCUGGUGACCCUUGCUCAUUUUAACUUCCACAAUAAUAUCAUCGUGUUAAUCGUUCCUCUUAUGAAUGAUACUUCAAAAUCGAUUUCUGAAAUGUGUUGUGAGGCGGUAAAGAAGCUUUUUAAACAAGACAAAGUGGGUCAUGCCUCUCUUGGUGUCGUUAAGGUCAUCUCCGGUUUUGUGAAGAGCAGAAAUUAUGAUGUUCGGCCAGAGAUGCUAAGAGUAUUUCUGUGCCUAAGAAUAAAGGAAGUAGAAGUAAAAUCAGACACAGAAGCUAUUACUACAAAGCAAAAGUUCAUGCACUAUAAGGAGAAGAGAAAAAAUCUGUCAAGAAUGCAAAGAAAGUGGAAGAAAGCAGAAGAGAAACUGGAGAGAGAACUGCUGGAAGCAGAAGCGUCGGAGAGUGCAGAGAAGAAACUCAAAGUGCACACAGAAACCCUGAAUAUGGUGUUUUUAACUUUCUUCCGAAUCCUGAAGAAGGCCCAGAAGUCAGCUCUCCUCCCAGCAGUGCUAGAAGGUCUUGCCAAGUUUGCUCACCUUAUAAAUGUGGAAUUUUUUGAUGACUUGCUUAUGGUUCUACACACCCUGAUUGAAUCUGGUGAUCUGAGCUACAGAGAAAGCCUUCAUUGCGUUCUCACCGCUUUUCAUAUUCUGUCUGGCCAAGGCGAUGUGUUAAAUAUUGAUCCUCUGAAGUUCUAUACUCACCUGUACAAAACACUGUUUAAGCUACACGCAGGUGCUUCUAAUGACGACGUGGGACUUGCCCUCCAGUGCUUGGAUGUCAUGUUGACCAGACGCCGGAAGCAGGUUUCGCAGCAGCGGGCCCUGGCAUUCCUAAAGCGCCUUUCCACCCUCGCUCUCCACGUCCUCCCCAAUUCCGGCCUCGGCAUUCUGGCAACCGGCAGAGUGGUGCUGCAUGUUUUUCCGAAGACCGAUCUCUUGUUCGACAACGAAGGGCAAGGGAGCGGUGUUUAUCUUCCAGAGCUGGAUGAGCCCGAGUACUGCAAUGCUCAGAAUACUGCCCUGUGGGAAUUGCAUGCGUUGCGGAGACACUACCACCCAGUGGUGCGGAAAUUUGCGGCCCACUUGAUUGCUGGGGCUCCAUCUGAAGGCUCCGAAGCGCUCGACACAGACUUGAGUCGGAGGACAGCUACUGAACUUUUUGAGACUUACGAUACGAAGGACAUGACAUUUAACCCUUCAGUUCCCUCAUUUCCCCAAAAAAUGAAGCGGCAAGGCGUUGUUCUUUUGGAACAAGACCUGCUGAAACAGUAUGGAGCAUCAGAAUGCUAAGAGGCGAGGCACAACGUGACAACUGAGCAGAUCCACCAGGAACCCCACCGUGACCUCCAGGGCCUACAGCGUCCCCUUCUCCUGGAUCUCCCCGUUGCCUCUCAUUCUGGCCGCGUCACCGAGGAACCUCCAUUCCCUAGCUGCUGUGCACCACCCUCCCAGGAUGGAGAAAAGCAGCCACAGCUUGCAGUCUCGUCCACCGAUCCUCAGGAAGACCAGGAGGCUGCAGUUGUGUCCGUGGGAUCUGAGCUGCAGGGAACCUGAAAUCCACUCCUCCUGCCACUGCACCUUCUGGAUGUUUGUUUUAGUCUUUAUGUUGUCUUAGUGUUUUGUUCUAUUUCUCCUUAGGUAUCCGUCGCCAUUCUCCUCUCCCCAACUUUAUAUUUUUAGAUCUUGAGCCCCCUGGGGGCCUGGGACUGUGUGUGAUUCCCACAUGAAUAUGCUUUCCCAGUUCUCAGGACAGUGCGCCGCACACAGUAGGCACUUAAUAAAUCCUGUUACUGCAGUGCUUUGCACACAGUAAGUGCUUAAAGAAAUGUUAUUGCUACUCUGACCUCUCUGCUCUGAAAGCUGGACUCCCCCCAAGCCCCAGUUUUGGACUCUUGAAUCAGACCACCAGUGUCUGCGGAGGACCGGGCGUGGUGACUUGGUAGCCCUGGGUUCAAUUGCCCAACCCCUGCCCAGAGCCACCGGAAUUAGCGUGGUCUGGUGGAUGGAAUAUGGGCCUGGCAGUCGGGCGGACUUGAAUUCGAAUCUAGACUCCACUGCCUGUCUGCUCUGUGACUAUGGGCGAGUCACUUAACUUCGGUGCCUCGGCUCCCUCAUCUGUAAAAUGGGGAUUAAG